AGGAGGGAGCACAAGGACAGACAGAGGGAGAGAAAGAGCCUGGAGAAAGGGAGUGGAGGAGACAGACGACAGGAGGCGAAGCUGACACACAAUCAAAACCCCACAAGAAAAAUGCCCAAUUUCGAAGGCACCUGGAAAAUGAAAAACAGCGAGAAUUUCGAAGAGUUGCUCAAAGCCCUGGGUGUGAAUCCCAUGCUGAGGAAGGUAGCAGUGGCCGCUGCGUCCAAGCCCCACGUGGAGAUAAAGCAGAAUGGCGAGCACUUCUACAUCAAGACUUCUACCACCGUCCGCACCACGGAGAUCAACUUCGUCAUUGGAGAGGAGUUUAAUGAGGAGACGGUUGACGGGAGAAAGUGUAAGAGCUUGGCCACUUGGGAAACAGAAAACAAGAUUUACUGCAAACAGACUCUACUGAGUGGGAACGGCCCGAAAACCUUCUGGAGCCGUGAACUCAAAGGCGAUGAACUUGUACUGAUCUUUGGAGCCGAUGAUGUGGUGUGCACAAGGAUCUAUGUACGAGCAUAGAAGAAGUCCUGCAGAAGUCAAAUUUCCUCCAACAAAUAAUUGCAUUGUCUGAACUGUCAGUGUGAGAAAUUUCACAUAAAAAUCAACAUGUUAAAUGAUUUGUUUUGACAUUCAGUGUUUUGCAUUUUCAUGAAAAUCACAAUUACUACUUUAUUCCUUUUUGUAUAUAAUUUUUCUAAAAUUGGAAAUUAAAUGAUCAAAGGCG